AUGGUCUACCGACAGCAGAUCGCAGUAGAAGUCAUCGACAACCGGAAUAUACUCGAGAAGCGGAACACGCUAAUAGCGGCACAACCGGCAGUGGCACCCGCUACUGGUCGACAGCCUGCUCACAAAACGCGCGACUCCAUCACGCCCCCGCACUCGGAUACAGAGCACAUGGCGAGUGACCUGUACGUGGCUUCCGAUCGCUCAAAGCCGGACGUCGAGUCGCCGAGCGACUGGCGCAACUUCUCCAUAGGCGACGAGUCUGCUCCGGCCAGGAAGUCCAAGAAGACGCGAGCGUCGCGCAAGGGCGCCCAGGAAACGGGAACGUUGCACGAGCCCCGAAACUUGAGCUCGCUGCGCCGGUUAGCGAGGCGGGAUAAAGAGGCGCCGGUCAAGCCGACGAAGGGCGGGCCGGCCGCCUUUAUCAUAUCGACGCCAAGGCCCGUACAGACGGAGGCCCCCAAGCCGCUGAACUUUCUUCCCCCAGUCGCCGGUCCCGCAGUAUCAGCUGUUUCCCUUCCAGAACCGGUGGACAACGUCAUGCCCGUGGCUGCAGCGCGCGACAAAGGCAACGACGAAGAUGGCGACAGCUUCGAUGGCCUGGACUCCAUCGGUGACUCGGCACCCGUUCCCAUCUUGCACGCCCCGGCUCCUUCCACGGACGCCGUCCUUCCGAAGCCGUCGGCCAAGCGGCAGGCGGCCAUCGUGAAGCCAUUCGAGGACGAUCACGACAACCCGGGUUUCCUGCAGUGGUAUCGAAACGCGGCGUCGGGCUCAAAAUCAGCGUACCGCGGGAAGCCCGUUAGGCGGAAUCCGGCGACGGCAUCUACCACCCCAGCUGGAGCCGGUACUACGACGUCGCAAGCGCAGGGCAAGACCUUCGGCCCGCGCACGCCACGAGCCGAACAGGACGUUGCCGCCGAGAUGGGACCGGCUGGCCGGGGAGAAGAGCGUCAGGCGGCAUCGGUGCCGUCCGAUGGGCGACCCACUACAGUCAGGAAGGGCUCGCGCAAGCGAUCGGUGUCGCGAAGCUCGUUGACGUCCUCUCAGAAGCCGGGUAGCUUCGCCACCGCUGACCAAAGCGUGCCGCCGGUGUCACAGGCUACUACGCAGGCGUCGUCCUCGGUCGCCUCCGCAAAGGCGCCUUCUUCCGGUUUAGUCACCCCCGUCGCAGCGGCACCCGGAAAGUGGCCGCACGGCAAACGCCAGAAGAUGUCCAGGCUGAGUCUGAUGAACGACAAGCCGCCGUCGGAUGACCCGCAGUCGGCCUUCCAGACCGCAAAGUCGGUCACGGACCACAAGUUGAACAAGAGUGAUACCGGGCCGAACGGGUCUGCUCAGCAUGGAGCGGCGCUUGCCGUAGACGCUGCCUCCACCGGAGGCCCUUCAGACAUUGGUGGAGCAGGUGGCGAGCUCGAACAGGCCGUGCACGACAAAGCAUCGCCCGCGCAACCAGGGUCUCCCGGCAAGACGCCCCAUACGGCGGCAGGCGCGUCUGAAGCCGCGAAGUCGAUGGUUAAGGGCACAGCGACCGUCGAGGGACCUUCUGGGAAGCACAAGCCGACGUCGUCCGAGCCUCGAGAGGAGGGGAGUGUCGCAAGUUCCAAGGCACAGCAGCUGGAUGCGGGGACCGUGACCGCUGCCUCGCAGCCGGAGACUACCGACGACAGCAAGCGAUCCGCUGGCAAGACGGGCAUCCGGUCACUUCGCAAGCUCGCCGUCGGCCUCAGGCGCCGUUCGCGUCGGCAGCGCCUAUCGCGCAAGAGUCUCGACUCCAAUCAGGACGUCGAUGACACAGCCACUGCCAGGGCCGCCGACGUUUCGGCAGUCUCCGCCGAAAGCGCCGCUAGGGAGCCUGGUAGCUCGGCGUCGCCGGCUUCGUUGGCCGGUGCGUGGACGCCGCUGCUCGCCAAGCCCCACGCGCUAGAGAUCGAAGCCGCGUCAGGACUCUUUGAGCAGCGGGCGACGGCAGCCGCAUUGGAACAGCGGGCUGCCGCGGCUCCUCCACCAGCCGGCGUCGUGCACGAGUCAGCUCCACAGAUGCCGACCAAGACGACGUCCAACGAGACGCAUCAUUCCUCGUCGUUCCCCGCUGCCGCUGCUAGCGUCGAGGCAAAGAACGCGGCGCCCGGCGACACUGCGGGUUCUGCUGGUGUCCACAGCCUCAAGGAAUCGCGAUACGCUUCCGGGAAGAGCGGUGCUGAGAGGAAACGCCGCUCCCGCCGCUCGAAGAAGGAGCGGAAAGCGAGCGACGAACAGGACGACCACGAAUCAGAAGGCCACCAGUGA